AUGCUAAUCUUUGCUAGUAUAUCCUUCGUGCUUGCAGCCAUAUGGGGACUUGCGUCUUCAGGUUUACUCGGUAUCAGGAAUAUACUUCGUGACACUGCUGCUUGUUCGGAGAUCGCGGGCUCCAUCUCUUCGAAAUCCGCAGUUUAUUACAAUGGAUCGUCUUCCUACAUGAAGGAUAAUCAUCAUUGGAUAUCUUCGAGCAGUCAAGUCUCUGCUUGCUCUUUCGAACCUGGAACCACUGAGGACCUCGCGAAAGCGCUCAAAAUUUUGGGAGACACCAGGACGCCGUUUGCAAUCAAAAGCGGUGGUCACGCGUCCAACCCAGGCUUUUCGUCGACCCCAGGCGUUCAGAUCGCGAUGUCUUUGUUCUCAGACGUCACAUUUGACCCAGAUUCCCAGACAGCAACUGUUGGCACUGGUGCGACAUGGGAUGUCGUCUAUCGAAUGCUGGAAAAAUACGGCGUGAAUGUUGUAGGAGGGAAAGUCGCUGGCGUUGGAGUUGGCGGCAUCGUACUUGGUGGAGGAUAUUCGUAUCUGACAAACCAGUAUGGACUGGCAAUUGACAAUGUGGUCGCGUACGAACUUGUCUUGCCUAAUGGCACGGUGACUACAGUCACCAGUAGCAAUCCAGAUUUAUUCUUCGGCUUGCGGGGAGGUUUGAAUAACUUUGGAAUUGUUACCUACGUCACUCUCAAAACAUAUCCUCAAUCUCAAGUUUGGGGUGGAAGUAUCGCAUACGAUCAAGAUCAACUCAAAGCAGUAAAAGCUGCCACCGCCAAAUUCGCUGCAAACGUUAUAGAUCCCAAGGCGUCGAUGUAUUCUGUAUAUAAGUAUGUCUCUGGAAAGCUCGUCAUGACAUGCACAUUGUUUUAUAAUGCACCUACUUACCCAGAUGGUAUAUUUGACGACUUCUUGGCGAUCCCGCACGUCGAUCAAUACGUCUCUACUCGGUCCUUCGCAAGCAUGAUCAAAACUGAGCUGCCGAGUACACCUGACCUUAGCUUAUACUCACAGCGAAACAGAGGUGUAUUCAAUGUCAUAGCGAUCGAAGAGUGGACGGAGUCCUUGUUGGACGACGUUGCCAAGGAAGUUCUCUUCAACGGCGACAAACUAGGAAAUAGCGCAACUGUGGUCACUUAUGAGUUGAGGACCUACCUUACUUCGAUUUACGACCACGCCGAUACGCCAUCUGCGUACCCGGAUUCACGUGAACGAGGCUACUCAUUCCUGGCGCUAUUCUAUGCAUGGAAUGAUUCACGUGACGAUGACCUCGUAUAUGAUGCCGUUACUGCCAGUUCCAAUUACAUAAAACAGCUAGCGAUUGCUGCAGGGCAGGACGUUGCAAAUGUGGUUGCGUAUCCCAAUAAUGCAGAUCCUUCCACAAGCAUAGAGGAUAUCUACGGGGAUAAUCUGGCUCGUCUGCAGGAUAUCAAGAAGGCUGUUGAUCCAGACAAUGUGAUGGGGCUCGCUGGAGGGUGGAAAAUUUAG